AACAUGCAUUGCUCUGCACUGCCGGCCUGCGCGGAUAUCCCAAUCAUGACCUGUCCCGGCAGAAGGAAGCCACUUAUGAGAAGAGCAGCGUUGGCCCUUGGGCUUCUGUUGCCUAGCUUAGACCAGGUGUCGGAUGCAUUUGUCUUUCACGCGCCCGUGCCAUCAACUGCAUCCCCGUGUGAUCAUGCGGCGUUUGAAUCAGUCGGGUUAACAAGCAACUGCCUGCUGAAGGCUUGGAGUAGCCGUACCAGCAGAACAGGGAGGAAAGCUCCUGCACCUGAUGGCCAGCGACACCAAGGAAAGGCAAGGAGAGGGAUCAGACCUGCCUUGAUGUCCUUCGAGCCUGGGGUGGAAGCGGCCGCGGCGAGCGCUGGGGGCGGCGACGGCGGCCAAGAGCAGGGCUUCGACGGGGACAUGGCGCCCGUGGACCUGGACCAGGCAAUGGGAUCCUUCUCUCCCGAAUGGGCGAACGGGACGGCUAGGGUAGAGGCAAAGGAGCAGUUGAUAAAGGGAUCGGUCAUCGCGGCGAACCAGACGGUCUUCCCAUACUCGAUCGACAGCUUCCCGCCUCUGACAAACAGCGAGGUGUACUACAACGGGACAUCCGAGCGUUACUGGUGGAACCAGAAUGCCGACGCGGUGAGCGUGUACGUGCCGGUACCGAAGGACUUCGAUGCCGAGAAAGUCGAGUUCGUGGCCAAGACUAGACACAUAUCGCUCAAGUUCGACGGAGAAGAGGUCCUCGCCGGAACUCCCUUCUACCGGAUCGAUGGGUACGACUCCCUUUUCGUGCUCGACUCCGACAAUGACCCGCCCUACGUGCAGCUCGAGCUCUUCAAGGUCCGGGAGUACCAGAACUGGGAGGACUUCUUGCUGGAAAAGUCCGACUUCACUCCGGGAGGGGCGCAGUAG